CGCGAGAGGGGGUGCCCCGGAAGCAGUUCUUUGGCCUUGUGACACGUAGCCACGGAGAUAGUUCAGAGUCUUAAUCCGUGUUUGGGGGAUUUGGGGGGUUGCUGGAGCUGCUGACGCCGUAACCGCUGGUUCUGCGCUUGAUCAUUUGCAAUGUCAGGCUUUGAUAACUUAAACACGGGUUUCUACCAGACAAGUUACAGCAUCGAUGACCAGCCACAGCAGUCAUAUGAUUAUGGAGGAAGUGGAGGACCCUAUAGCAAACCGUAUGCUGGCUAUGACUACCCGCAGCAAAGCCGGUUUGUCCCUCCGGACAUGGCGCAGCCGCAGCAGCCGUACAGCGGGCAGAUUUUCCAGCCGGCGCAGGCGUACACCCCGACGACCCCGCAGCCGUUCUACGGAAACAGCUUUGAGGAUGAGCCACCUUUAUUAGAAGAAUUAGGUAUCAAUUUUGACCACAUCUGGCAAAAAACACUAACAGUGUUACAUCCAUUAAAAGUAGCAGAUGGCAGCAUCAUGAAUGAGACAGAUUUGGCAGGACCAAUGGUUUUUUGCCUGGCCUUUGGAGCCACAUUGUUACUGGCUGGCAAAAUCCAGUUUGGCUAUGUAUAUGGGAUCAGUGCAAUUGGAUGUCUAGGAAUGUUUUGUUUACUAAACCUAAUGAGUAUGACCGGUGUUUCAUUUGGUUGUGUGGCAAGUGUCCUCGGGUACUGUCUUCUUCCCAUGAUCCUGCUUUCCAGUUUCGCAGUGAUAUUUUCUUUGCAAGGAAUGGUAGGAAUCCUUCUCACUGCUGGAAUUAUUGGAUGGUGUAGUUUUUCUGCAUCCAAAAUCUUUAUUUCUGCGUUAGCCAUGGAAGGACAGCAACUUUUAGUAGCAUAUCCCUGUGCUCUGUUGUAUGGAGUCUUUGCCCUGAUUUCCGUGUUUUGAACUGAAUUUAUCUGGCACGUGGACACCAUUGGGCCCAGAAGGACUUUGAACUCACAUUGGACCAGCGAACUGCAGUGCAGCUCUCAAGAGGACCUGACGUUUGACCAGUGGAGCAGUGGAAGUAAACAUGUAUCUUUUGUUCAUUUUUAUAGAACUUUUGAAUACUGUAUUGGGUUUACCUGCAGUAUGACUAGCUUUAAGUGUUUGUGCUUAUACAAAUAAGAAUAAGAAGUGCUAUUUCUUUCCUGUUCUGCAGCCUUUGAAAAACAAAAUUUUUUCUUGCAAAUUAUAUUAAGAUGUUUUUGAUAGAUUUUUAUCAACUGUGGGAAGCUAACCACAGGGCUGAUAAUCUUUUCUUAAAAACAACCCAGUCUUGGUUAAGAAGACACCAGACUUACUGCAAAAAUAUUUUUCUAAUGGAUUAGGAAAGAAAAAUUGCCUGUAUUCUCAAGUUAGAUGCACUUGAAGCAAAAAAGUAAUCUCAUUGUAAAAUUCUAUGAGUUUGCCCUUCACAAAUUUGACAUUCCUUUGAAUCAUCUCAUGCAGUUUUUGCUAAAAUUCAACUAGAAGUUUGCAGUCUACCUUAUUGUAGACAGGAAGUGUGCACACCUAUUGAGGUUAGCACUAACUAAACCAUAGUGAGGUAGACCGGCCACAUUAGUGUUCAUAGUCGGAUCUCCGUUGUUUCCUAGGAAAAAGAAAAUCACUAACCUUUUUUGAGAAAAAGAUUUAAAAUGUCAUACUUUCAGUACUGCAGUUAUCAAUGUAAAGUGCAUUUGAUGCUCAGUAAUUAAAAUUUUCCCAGUUUUAACUGUGUUGAGUUGACUUUUGCUGUUUUCGGUGUCACUUUUUCUUUAACUAGGUUCUGGUUUUAAGUUGUAUUCCUAAUUUAUUCUAAGCCUGAAGAACAGAAGUCAUAUAGUAUAGAAUCAGAAAAAAAGAGAUAAAGUGAAAGGCAGUUUACUUUGAGUUACAACAUUAUUUCCUUGCUAUUAAAAUUAUUUGGAACCAUGUCAUGCUCUCUUGCCAGAAAUAUGUGUAAUAAAAUGCUGUAUCUUGUAUUUUGAUAUACUAUUGGCUUUUUCUGAAAAAAACUGCCUCUAAUUUUGGACAAGCGCAUUUAUAGCUCUGGGAAAGAUGCCUUAUGGGAAGGAAAAUGAUGCCUUUUUUUAAAAAGGAGUCUUUCAGACCAAAUAAAAAGAAACACCAAACUGA